AUGUUUUUCCCGGAAACCUCGUCGGCGAUCUGGGUCUACCCUUCAUUAUCUUGCACAACAGCUGUGCAGCCUUCAUUCCUAGUUACUGGAUCAUCCGUCAGCUCCAUCAAGAAGGUUGAUUUCCUGUACAAGCCCCAAGAUACCCCUCCUGCUUUCAUUUGUAACACCCUCGAAUGUCUUGAACAGUCAACACUGACCCAGAUUCACCAUCACUACCAAGUUCCGAUUUUUACAAUCGGCCCAUUGCAUAAAACAUCUCCAACUCCUUCCACUAGCUUCCUUGAAGAAGAUACCAGCUGCAUUCCUUGGCUAGAUAAAAAAUCACCCAAAUCAGUAAUUUGUGUAAGCUUAGGAAGCUUAGCAACCAUAGAUGCAAAAAUAGCAACUGAAAUAGCAUGGGUGGUUCGACCGGGUUCGAUUCAUGGGUGUGAUUGGAUCGAGUUUUUGCCGGAGGAUUUGGUAAGCGAGAUGAAGGUGAGAGAUAUGAUCGUAAAGUGGGCACCCCAGAAGGACGUAUUGGCACAUUCUGCAGUUGGAGGAUUUUGGAGCCAUUGUGGUUGGAAUUCGAUCCUGGAAAGUGUAUGCGAAGGGGUUCCGAUGCUGUGUCAACCGUUUAGUAACGAUCAAAUGAUGAAUGCUAGGUAUUUGAGUUAUGUAUGGAAGAUGGGUUUGGAAAUGGUUGUGGAGAGAGGGGAGAUCGAGAGUGCAAUCAGGAGAGUUUUGGUGAGCAAAGAAGGAAAAGUGAUAGAGGUGUAG